AUGGCACCGCCUGCGAAGCGUCGCCGGCGGAAUACCGUUGAGGCGUCCGACGAUGAAGACGAGCAACCAAAGGCCAAUACCUUGACUAAUUUCCUUCUCUCUUCGCCAAACUCACCGGCGAAGCUACGAGCGCCGACUUCGUCUCCGAGUCCCGUGAAGAAAAGGACGGCCAAUGGUCAAUCCUCUAGCAAUGGCAGCCCUCUUCGGCCGUCGCGAUCACUAAAGAAUGGCACGAGUUUCAGCCCUAAGAAGACCAGGGCUGCGACCAAGGUUGAUGACAAGGGAAAGACGGCAGACUUGAAGACGCUCUUCUCUAAGCAGGCACAGAAAGUAGCAAGGCCAGGCUUAGGAACCGACAGAACGACGGAACCGAUCGACGAUCUGAUUACCGAUCCUAUUUCCGACGACGACGAAAUAUCAGAGCUCAAAGCUAGCUCCUCCAGCGUGGUUGGACAACAUGUGAGGAAAAGAUUGAAAGGGGCCAGCGGCGCCGCCCAGUCUGCGCCCAGUGGCUCGCUGAGCAUGAGCCAAAGAUUCCUAAAGCCCAGUCGACCUGCGUCUACAGAUACAUUGAACGAUGAUUUACGGCCCUGGUCGGAACGAUUCGGCCCGCGGAAUCUAGAUGAACUUGCUGUACAUAAGAAAAAGGUGUCCGACGUUCGGAAGUGGAUUGAAGAUGUCAUGGGAGGACGGAUGAGACAGCGGAUGCUGAUAUUGAAAGGCGCUGCCGGCACUGGGAAGACCACGACAGUUCGCCUAUUGGCAAACGACAUGGGAUCCGAGAUUUUGGAGUGGAAGAAUCCUGCCGGAAACUCAACAACUGGGUUUGUGUCGGCGUCCGCGCAGUUUGAGGAUUUCCUCGGGCGAGGAGGCAAGUUUGGGGCUUUGGACUUGGAAGAACCCGAGCCAUCGUCCACGCCGGCGAGCUCAAACACUGCCUCACAACCCCCCAAUCACAACGGGAAGAAGAUGAUUCUUAUUGAAGAAUUUCCAAACACGUUUUCUCGGAGCUCGACUGCGCUUUCCUCCUUUCGGCGCACCAUCCUCCAGUAUCUGGCAACACAAACGCCGUCCCUACAUGCUUUUGGGCAGCAGAGACGAGUGGAGCCAAUUACGCCUGUUAUUAUCAUCAUUUCGGAGACUCUGCUGACGACAACAUCGGCUUCAGCAGACAGCCUGACUGCCCAUCGCCUGCUCGGACCCGAGAUUCUGCGCCACCCUGGGGUUGGGCUGAUCGAGUUCAACGCGAUAGCUCCUUCGUUACUAGCCAAGGCCCUGGAGCUUGUUGUACAGAAAGAGUCACGAAAGUCGGGGCGCAGACGAACUCCAGGACCACUCGUUCUCAAGCGGCUCGGUGAAAUUGGAGACAUUCGUAGCGCUAUAUCAUCGCUCGAGUUUCUCUGCUUAAAGGGAGACCAAGAUGCCGACUGGGGAUCCAAGGUAACAUUCACGAAACAGAAGAAAGGAGCGAAAGAUGGCAUCGCCCUCACACGUGGUGAAGAGGAGAGUCUCGAACAAAUAUCUCAGCGAGAAGCUAGUUUGGGCAUCUUCCAUGCCGUCGGCAAGGUGGUCUAUAAUAAGCGGGACGAUAUGCCAUCCAACGACCCUGCAGAAAAGCUGCCGAGCUAUCUUUCGCAGUAUUCACGUCCAAAGGCAUCACUGGUGUCUGUUGAUUCGCUAAUCGAUGAGACGGGCACUGAUACACAUACAUUCAUCUCGGCUCUUCACGAGAACUACGUGCUAUCCUGCGAAGGCACAGAUCCGAUGGAUCUUUCAACUCCCAUGGAUUACGUCAACGAAUGUAUCGAGUAUCUUUCACUGGCCGACUUGCUCAGCCCUUCCCGAGAUGUCUUUUUUGGUGGACGUGGCGGGUUCAGUGGAAACUUUGGAGAUUCGGCAAGCCAUGUUCUUCGCCAAGAUGAGAUAACAUUUCAGGUUGCAGUGCGCGGCAUGCUAUUCUCCCUACCUAACCCUGUUAAAAGAAAGACGUGGACUAUGCAAAAGGGCAGUGAUGCGUUCAAGAUGUUUUACCCUACCAGUCUCAAGCUUUGGCGAACAAAGGAAGAGAUUGAAGGCCUUAUCGAUGUUUGGUCGGGGAAAGUCUUGAAGGGCGAGGCUAAUCUUCCGUCGAGAAAUAUCAUGGACGGAGCGAGCAUAUUUCGCCGUAAUCAGGCCUCGGCAACCUCGAACCAGAAGCAAGCAGGCAUAGCACCCGUAUCCAAAGACGUCAACCCAGAGGAAGAAGAGCGCGACAGCCCUCCGAUACCUACACUUGGUAGCACGGCUCGUCGUGAAUUACUUGUUGACCGGCUCCCGUACAUGGCGCAGAUUGCCCGUGGCCGCAAGACGGGGGGACGGCAGCGAGACCUCGAAAAUAUUGUUUCGUUCUCUGGCGUGAAUGUAGCACCGGACGAUGAGUCGGAUGCUGAUGAGGAGGUCGCUAUGGGUGAGACGUGGGCGACAGACAAGCCGUCCGAAGAGGCCACACCGCGGAAGAAGAGGAUGGGCAUAAAAACGGGCACGGUUACGGGCUUGCUGAAGCAGAAACUGGUUCUGAGUGACGAUGAUAUUGAGGAUUAA